AUGGGGGAAAGCGACGCCUGGCUGAUCUUCGCCAAAUCUACGCACAUUUUGGCGGAGACAGCUUUCAGCGUCUAGGACUGAAGCAUCGCUGUCAAGUGAUUUUGGUGAGUUCACUACUUUUUAAUAUAUUUUCUUCUUGAAUAUUUUGUUGCUGUCAGUUGAAUUUUUAGUUUACAUUUCAAUUUAUUCAGACAUCAGAGUAAUCGAAAAGGCUCUGCUGAAUCAUGGUAGAUUUGAAGAGCUCCUUGUUGUUGCGCGCAACGGUCGACCAAUUCUCCCGCAAGAACGCUUCGGAAGACAUCUCGCCAACGUGCUCGUGGUCGUCCAACAGAUCUUUUCUUCUCCCAGGGCCGCCAUUUUACGAUCUUCUUUGCCCACGUUUCUUCUCCCGUCACGAUUUUCUUUGCGAAGAACCAUUUUCUUCUUGUUGCAACCAUUCGAGCGUCACGCAUCUUCAAUCUUUUGUGGAGCCAACUGUUUGAUCUUCUAUCCAUUAGAGUCACACCAAGCAUUCUUCUCAUCAUCUUCUUCUGUGCUGUGGCUAACAUGUUCAUCUCUGUUUUCUUGAGGGUCCAGACUUCUGAUCCGUAUAAGAGCGCAGGUUCUAUACAAGCUUGGUAUAUUUUGACUUUGUUCUUGAGAGGUGUUGUUUUCUUCGUCAGAUAUAUAGAAAACUUGUGGAAAACUGCCCAUGCAGAUUGGAUUCUGCGGAGUCAACUGAUUAAUGUUAGGAUGUAUAAUUUUAUCUAGAUGGAAGUUAAGGUUUCUUGUUAUAUAUACAAAGAUCUUUUUGAGUCGAAAUUCGAUAGUUUUUGAUAUUCAAAAUGGUGUUGAACAGUUUUCAUACAGCUGAUGAAUUUUAUAACCUUUCUGUCUAACCAAGGUUAUUUGAUGUUGGAACUAUUCUGUAUCAUAUUUUCAUUAUUCCAGAAAAGUGCCUUCAGAGUACCAUUUUCUCUUCCGAAAUGAGGGGAAGCGACACCUGACUGAUCUUCGCGAAAUCUGCGCAGAUUUCGGCGACCACAGCAUUCAGCGUCUAGGAGUGAAAAAUCGCUGUAGAGCGAUUUCGGUGAGUUCACCACUUUUUUAUUAUAGUUUCUUCUUGGGUAUUUUGUUGCUGUCAGUUGAAUUUUCAUCACUAGAAAUACUGAAUAUUGUUAGGAUAUAUAAUUUCAUUAGAUGGAAUUUAAUGUUUCUUGUUAUAUAUACAUAGAUCUUGUUGAGUCAGAAUUCGAUAGUUUUUGAUGUUCAAAAAUGUGUUGAACAGUUUUCAUACAGCUGCAGAAUUUUAUAACAUUUCUGUCUAACUAACGUUAUUUGGAGUUGGAACUAUUCUGUAUCAUAAUUUACUUGUUUCAGAAAAGUGCCUUCAGAGUACCAUUUUCUCUUCCAAAAUGAGGGGAAGCGACACCUGGCAAAUCUUCGCGAAAUCUGCGCAGAUUUCGGCGACCACAGCAUUCAGCGUCUAGGAUUGCAACAUCGGUGUGGAGUGAUUUUGGUGAGUUCACUACCUUUUUAUGACAUUUUCUUCUUGGGUAUUUUGUUGCUGUCAGUUGAAUUUUCAUCACUAGAAAUACUGAAUAUUGUUAGGAUAUAUAAUUUCAUUAGAUGGAAUUUAAUGUUUCUUGUUAUAUAUACAUAGAUCUUGUUGAGUCAGAAUUCGAUAGUUUUUGAUGUUCAAAAAUGUGUUGAACAGUUUUCAUACAGCUGAUGAAUUUUAUAACAUUUCUGUCUAACUAACGUUAUUUGGAGUUGUAACUAUUCUGUAUCAUAAUUUACUUAUUUCAGAAAAGUGCCUUCAGAGUACCAUUUUCUCUUCCGAAAUGAAAGGAAGCGACACCUGGCUGAUCUCCGCGAAAAGUUCGUCUAUUUUGGCGAAGACAGCUUCCAGCGUCUAAGAAUGCAACAUCGCUGUGGAGCGAUUUCGGUGAGUUCACUACUUUUUUAUGAUAUUUUCUUCUUAGGUAUUUUGUUGCUGUCAGUUGAAAUUUUCUCUUCAGAAUUUACUGUUUAUUGUUAGAAUAUAUAAAUUCAUUUAGAUGGAAUUUAAAGUUUCUUGUUAUAUAUACAUAGAUCCUUUUUGAGUCAAAAAUCCGAUAGUUUUUUUGAUGUUCAAAAAAAUGUGUUGAACAGUUUUUUUAUACUGCUGAUGAAUUUUAUAACAUUUCUGUCUAACUAAGGUUGUUUGAUGUUGGAACUAUUCUGUAUCGUAAUUUCCUUAUUUCAGAAAAGUUCCUUCAGAGUACCAUUUUCUCUUCCAAAAUGAGGGGAAGCGACAUCUGGCAAAUCUUCACGAAAUGUUCGCAUAUCGACUUCUUGAUUUUAUUGGAGUUGGACUCUUCAAAUUCUUUCCAUACUCUGUUGCAUCGACAUACACCCACUGCAUUGCAACUAAAGUCUGUAGUGGAGGGAUAUCAUCAGCCCAAUAAGGUUUGUUAGUUAAUUCAAAUUGUUCGAACAAAAAUAGAUAAAUUAAAUAAGAAUUUGUAUAUUUCAGAUGUGUCGACAGAACGCAAGAUUCUUUCAAACAAAGCGCCACAGAAUUGUUCUUCAAGAUGUAUCGCGAUUCUUAAAUCGACUUCAAGCCCGAACAAGGCGGUACUCGGGCUGGAUUAUUCGGAAUAUCUUUUCCUUUCAAAAAAUGCGGCAAAGCGACAUCUGCCAUAUCUUCACUUUGUUGAGGUAA